UCCUAAUCAGUCAUUGCCAUAAAAAGGGAGUCCUCGAGAAACUCACAUAUUUGGACUCACUCGCUCCCUCUCUUCCCGCCCAAAUGGCAGCGGAGAGACGAACGUUGACGUGGCACUCUCCGAUUUGCUAAUGACUGUUCUUCACUUACCCCCUGCAUUUUUUUCUCUCCUCUAAGAAGAACCAAACACACUCCCCUCACAGUGUGAAAGAAAGAGAGGCACUGCUCCGAAACGCCGUCGUUUUCCUCCCGGCAAAUUUUCCGUCUGAAGGUGGUCCUUGAGAAGUGCUCAAAACAGAGCAGCUACAAUAGGCAGCAUGGAUGGGCAAGAUUUUGCAGAUCGUUCACAACUGAAGCCAGCUGUUGUUUUAACUGGAACAGCAAAGGAAGGUAGUGCUGCACCUCCUAUUGGUCUUGUUGACAUUGGUGUUAGUGAUGGUGCCUACCUAUUUCGAGUUGCACUUCCUGGUGUCCGAAAGGAUCAAUCAGCUAAGGUAAAAUGUGAGAUCCAACGUGACGGGAAGGUUCACAUAGAAGGAGUGAUAACAGGUGUAGGAGUUCCGAAAGAGUCAUCAGCUGUAUUCCAGAUGAAAGUCCAGCAACUAUGCCCACCUGGACCAUUUUCUAUUUCCUUUAAUCUGCCUGGACCUGUAGACCCCCGAUUAUCUUCUCCAACUUUUCGGCCUGAUGGCAUCCUAGAAGUGGUAGUUAUGAAACGCAGAACUCCUCCAACAGAUGGUGGGUUACCUCCUCAAUGAGCUUUAUGCAAAGAGCUUUUUUCUAAGAAUGCCAGAGGAAGAUAUAUAAUAUUGUUUUUUUGUGUGUACAAUAUCAAAUAUUGAAGAAUUGCAAAUGUAGACACCUAAUUUUGUAUUGAUUAAUUGUCCUUAAAUCCUCAAAUUCAUUAUGAUGAUUAUUGAGAAA